AAGUGACAUGUGAUCUGCUGCUGGUCUCGUCCUCACGAGUUGUUGAGAGCUGUAUAUAUUCUGAGGUGGUCCGGUAACGUUCAUGACAAGGCCGCCGGGUAGUUUGGCGACAGGGAGGGGCAGUAUAUACAAUAUUUUUCUCCAUCAUGGGGGGAAAUGGGUUCAUUAAGCAGAAGAAUGGCCAUGCCAACGGAUUAAAUGGGAAACAUGUGAAGGAAGACAGCUGGAAAGAUGAUUUUUACGAGUCUUUCGAAGAGACACCACUUUUGUUGGCCAUUGUCACCAGUCUGGCUUAUGGCAUCCUGGUGAUAAUUGGUCACAUCAAGGAAUAUUACAGAGUGUACAUAAAAUGGGAACACAAAAGGAGCAGUGAACCCGGACUUGAGGACUUUGUUCCACUGUAUGCCAGUUGGGAGAGUUUUUAUAAAAAGAAUGUAUUCCGCCGUAUCAAGGAUUGCUGGAUGCGACCAAUAGCCAGCUGUGCAGGGGCCAACUUUGAAGUAAUGGAGUUGGUCACACAUGACUAUGGCUGGAACUUUGAACUUACUGGCAGGAAAAUACCUGCAAUGAACUUUGGGUCAUACAAUUACCUGGGUUUUGCGGAGAACAAGGGACCCUGCGCUGAUGCCUGUCAGGUCACAACCUUGGAAGAAGGGGUGGGCGUGUGUGCCAGUAGACAGGAACUGGGUUAUUUGGAAAUUCACAAGGAACUGGAUGAGUUGAUGGCUGAAUUCCUGGGAGUCGAGGCGGCUGUCACCUUCCCAAUGGGCUUCGCCACCAACUCUAUGAAUAUGCCUGCCCUCAUGGAUAAGGGGUGCCUCAUCCUGAGUGAUGAGCUGAACCACGCCUCCCUGGUGCUGGGCUCGCGCCUCAGUGGUGCCACAAUCCGGGUGUACAAGCACAACAACAUGAAAGAUUUGGAAAAGAAAUUGUGUGACGCUGUGGUCCAUGGGCAGCCUCGUACUCACCGGCCAUGGAAGAAAAUACUCAUUGUUGUGGAAGGGGUGUACAGUAUGGAAGGAUCAAUAGUGCGACUCCCUGACAUUGUCGCCCUUAAGAAGAAGUACAAGGCAUACAUAUACCUGGAUGAGGCCCACAGUAUCGGAGCCAUGGGGCCCCACGGCCGCGGUGUCGUAGACUACUUCAAUGUUGACCCACGAGACGUGGAUGUGUUGAUGGGUACAUUCACCAAGAGCUUUGGUUCAUCUGGAGGAUACAUUGGAGGAACGAAGAGCCUCAUCAAUCACUUAAAAGUGAACUCCCAUAGCGCCAUCUAUGCUUGUGCCAUCUCCCCUCCCAUAGCCAGGCAGGUCAUCCACUCCACGAAGAUUAUCAUGGGCAAAGAUGGAACUAACCUUGGUGAGAAACGUGUCCGACAGCUAGCUUGGAACGUCCGCUACUUCCGUCGCAGACUCCAAGACAUGGGCUUCAUUGUCUAUGGCAAUAAGGAUUCUCCAGUUGUGCCUGUGCUUGUCUUCUUACCAUCCAAAAUGGCUGCCUUCAAUAGAAUGGCCUUAGAGCGUGGGCUGGGUAUUGUGGUGGUUGGAUUCCCAGCUACUCCUCUCAUUGAAUCUCGAGCCAGGUUCUGUCUGUCUGCCGCUCACACCAAAGAGAUGCUGGACAAAGCCUUGGACAUCAUCGACAAGCUUGGCGAUGACCUGUGUCUCAAGUACUCCCGGCGCCCUCAUCAUCAACAUAACUACAAGGACUUAGUCAAACUCAUUGAGUAACUGCCUGUCAUCCACCUUGCACUUCCAAGACUUCAACAAUGGCACCUCUGGACUGGCAUCUUGACCAAGAUGCUGCAUGAGGGACCAAGACAACAGCUCAACCACUACACAUCACUUCUCCAGCUUCCAGAUGGGGAUUGUUGAAACAACUAAAUACCAAAUCCUUAUUUUUCUGUUGUCUACAGACAUUUUCUUCACUGCAGAAUCACAGUAUUUUCCAACUGGUAGAGCGUCCACCCGGAGAGCAGAAGGUUCAGGGUUCGAUACCAUGCCGCGUCAUACCAAAAGACGUUAAAAGAUGGUAUUUGUUGUUACCCUGUCUGGAGUUUUAAGGAGCUAAAAUAAGGACUGGUCGGCUUGGAGUCAGCAUUCUGUGUCUGAGUUGGGUAUUCAUAUUAAAACUGCAGCAUGGUAUCUCAUUGGGCUAGCACUAUAAAUCGGCAUCAGUCCGGACGAGUACAAGCCGUUACACACACACAUGUACACGCAUGUCGCUAUGUAAGUGCAAUAAUCUUGGACGCGAUGUUUAACCCAUUUCACCUCACCUCACAAUAGUAUUUUCCAUAUGAACCUUUGAUCAACAUAUAUAUAUAUAUGUGUUCAAGCAGUGGAGUGGGCCGUAUCAUCUCAACAGCUCACCUGCUCUUGUAGCUUCACAGAAGACUGUAUACUUGGUAUACAAUAAGGUCAUACAAGUCUACAUCUCUUGUGAGUGUUGUGAAGUGAUGAUCUUUACACCAUGAACGGUACUCAAAGGUUAACAACAUUGGCAGAUUUGCCCACUGUUCUUCGGCACAGCACAUGGCUCUGUAGAGUUGUGUCCCUUGUCAGUGUCAAGAUCUGCUGGUCUGUGUUUGAAUCCAAAAAUGCCCUGAUUAAGAUUCAUUUCGCAGCACUAUUUUCUGUUUUUUUGGUUCAUAAGAGUGAUAAAUGUCAUUGUGGGCUUUCCUCACAAGAGGUUAAUCUGAACUGAAAAUAAUAUUCAAAGUGGUGUUCAACUGGUCUGUUGCAGAUCCUUGCUGUAGUAAGAGAGGCUGUUGAUGAAAAUGUUUACGUCUAAACUUGUGCAAGGUGAUUUGUUUGUCCCGAUACUGUUACUGAUAAACUGA